UUACCUCGGAAGCGAGCCAAGAUGGCGGAGGUCAGUGUUGGAAGGGCGGCCUGCUUGGGCCGCUGAAGCCGGCGGCAUCCCAUGGCCUUGUUAAGGGGCCUGAACAAGGGGACGGCGGCUCCACUGCUGUGGUCGGUGCUCUCCCGCCCGCCCCACACGGCGGGCCUUUCGGGGACCGAACCCGGGGGCGGCACAGGCCGGUCGGGCUCCGGUCCGCAGGGCUUGUACGAGCUGCUGGGGGUCCCCUCGGGGGCCACGCAGGCGCAGAUCAAGACGGCAUACUACAAGCAGUCUUUUCUGUACCAUCCGGACCGCAAUGCCGGCAGCGAGGAGGCGGCGCGGCGCUUCACCCUCGUCAACGAGGCCUACCUGGUGCUGGGCAGCGUCGCCCUCCGAAGGAAGUACGACCGCGGCCUGCUCAGCAGGGAGGACCUGCGCACCGCCGGCAAGCCCUCGGGCAAGGCCACCACCACCACCGGCACCUCUUCAGCCAGCAGGACGCAAACCUUUGCCUCCACGCGGCCCCAGGACAAGCCCAUAUUCGACUUUGACAAGUUCUACCAGGCCCAUUAUGGGGAGCAGCUGGAGCGCGAGCGCUUCAUCCGCGAGAAGCGACGGGAGAUGCUGAAGCGCAAGGCCGAGAUGGAAAACAUGUGGCGGCGGGAGUCCCUGCAGGAGUUGGUGGUCGCCAUCACUUUCUUGUCAGUUCUGAUCCUCCUCGUCAGCUUCAAGUGAGCAAGGAGAAGGAGGAGCUGACAUGGCCAGGUGUCUCUUUGGGCUUGCCACUCCUGGGGGACUUUUUCCUGGAGCAGGCAGAACCGGGUAGGAGAAGCGUGUCCUCCCCAAAGGCUCUGGCUUCAAGGGGUACACAAAGCGUCCCUCAUGAAGGCUGAUGUGGGCUCCCACCAGGGCCAAGCUUGGAGGGAUCUCUGCUUUCCUACAUGCCUCACUGUAAUCACCCAGAGAACAUCACAAACAAUUUCAGAAGGAUUUGGAGUGUUCCCAGACACUGUGCUGAGAAGCAAGACUCCAGAUGCCAGUUCCAAUAAUAAUAAAACAUUUAAAACGUGCUUUACUGUGCCUUAGAAAUCAUACUCCUAUCAUCUAAUUAUUGUUUGCAUGGAAUUGGUUGCCUCAGCUUUUUUAAUUUGGAUCAAAGUGCAAGUGGUUUUAAUUUCCCACACCUAAUUGUACUGUGAGAAGUGAAUGGUAUUUAUGAGAAUGUAUUGAGCAGGCAUCCCCAAACUGCGGGCCUCCAGAUGUUUUGGCCUACAACUCCCAUGAUCCCUAGCUAACAGGACCAGUGGCCAGGGAAGAUGGGAAUUGUAGUCCAAAACAUCUGGAGGGCCGAAGUUUGGGGAUGCCUGGUAUUGAGCAUGGUGCUUCAGUUAGCAGGUGUCAUCUCUCUAGCUGCAAAUUCUCCCUCUGGGUGGGGGAGGGAGGGAUUUCAGGUCUACCUUUCUUUCAUAGGAAUUCUGCUGACUCUUUCAUUGGGUGUCCCCUGCACUUGGGCCCAAAAAUGCUGCUCCACAACUUGGGCACUUAACAAACCUCUUUGUUUUGAUAAAGGAUGCAUCUGAAGAGAAGAACGUUCUCAUUUGGAGACUUUGUGGUGGCUUCUAAUAGUGUUUGGGGGAAAUGCAUUCUCUUUUAUGGGGUAAACCGCUGUAGGAUUCACUCUUGCAAUUUGGAAUGUAAUGAUGUGGCCACGGUGUUUUAAUUUAUAUAUACAAAUGAUUCAAACCAAUCAUGUGAAUGUUAUUUAUUUUAAUAUGCUGUAUAAAGACGCAAAGAAAAAUUUA